AGCUACUCACCGCAUUCGUUCAAAAGCGGAGCAAUUUUCAAGUGCGCAACCAGUUGAAUUCUUUUGCCAACUUUGAAUUCGCGAAUCGUAGAUAGACUUUGUUUUUGCCAGGACUCUACGUUUGUUUAAUUCAGUGUGCGUGUGCGUGUUGUCCCGUCUCUCUCGCACUGCGUGUGCGUGUGUGUGAGGCGAGCGCGAUUUAAAAAUAAAACGGCAAAUACAUAACAAGAAAAUAUCCAAGAGCAACAGCGGGAGGCUACCAAUACAAACAUCCCGAUACCAGCCAGCCGUGUGUGAUUACACAGUGUUUCUUCCUGGUGUUUGUAUACCAAAGUUUCCUCCUAACCAUACUAAAAUCCAAACCAAAUCAGAAAAACACGAUCUCGUUCGCAUGUAUGCGAUUGCAUUUUAUGGACACAUCCGACUCAUUUGCCUGUCGAAGCCAGCCGGACCUUGAUCGGGCCAAUAGCCUCGAAAAAAACAGUCCCACAACAGAAACUGAGAUCGGGCCAAAAACCAAAUCCCAACCGUUGCACUGAAUACCAUACCCAUUCAGCUGUCACAGCUAAGCAUCAAAAAUCACAAUACCAUCAUCAUAUCCAUCGGGUAGAGCAAGAGCAUGAGCCUGUGGAAGCGCGUCUCCAGUCAUUCCGACUGCGAGCAGCGUAUGGCGGCCUACUACGAAGAGAAGGGCCUGCUCGACCUGCGCCUCUGCUUGGCGCCCUGGAUCGAAGACAGGAUAAUGUCCGAGCAGGUCACACCCAACUCCACCGAGCAACUAGAGCGCGUGUCCCUGAAGUUCAACGAGGACCUGCAGCAGAAGCUACUGUCCACGCGCACCGCCACCGACCAGGCCCUCAAGUUCCGAGUGGUGGAGCUCUGCGCCCUCAUCCAACGCACCUCCGCCGUCGAGCUGUACACCCACCUGCGCAGCGGCCUACAGAAAGAGCUGCAGCUGGUCACCGAGAAAAGCGUGGCUUCUACCACAGGCCAAUCGAUGCCGCUCAAUCCCUAUAAUAUGAACAACUCGCCAAUGGUUACCGGCUAUAUGGACGCCAGUGAUCUGAUGGCGGUGACCAACAGCUGCAGUCCGUCAGUGGUUCAGGGCAUCCACAACGUGCAAAAUACUGGCGGCAUUGCCUCGCCAGCCCUCGGCAUGGCCACACCCAAGGUGGAGCUGUACGAGGUGCAGCACCAGAUCAUGCAGACCCUCAACGAAUUCGGCAACUGCGCCAACGCCCUGAAGCUGCUGGUCCAGAACUACAGCUACAUGUUGAGCUCCACAGCCUCGCCGAACGCGGACGUGGCCUUCAGAAGCCUGAUGGAGGAGAAGGCCACCAUCGUGAUCACAAUGCGUCGCAGCUUUAUGUACUACGAGUCCCUUCACGAGAUGGUCUUACACGAGCUGAAGAACUGGCGCCACCAGCAAGCGCAAGCCGGCAACGGAGCCCCAUUCAAUGAGGGCUCCCUGGACGACAUCCAGCGCUGCUUCGAGUUGCUUGAGACUUUCAUCGCCCACAUGCUGGCUGCCGUUAAGGAGACGAUGCGCGUACGUCUGGUCAGCGACGAACCGGAGCUAACACACCUGCUCGAACAGGUGCAGAACGCGCAAAAGCACCUGGUGUGCUCCGCCUUCAUCGUGGACAAGCAGCCGCCGCAAGUAAUGAAGACCAACACACGCUUUGCGGCCUCUGUGCGCUGGCUCAUUGGCUCCCAGCUGGGCAUCCACAACAAUCCGCCCACAGUAGAGUGCAUCAUCAUGUCAGAGAUCCAAGCGCAACGCUACGUCACCCGCAAUCCGCAGAUGGACAACACCGUGGCCGGGCAAUCGUCGGGCGAGAUACAGAACGCCUCGAGCACCAUGGAGUACCAGCAGAAUAACCAUGUGUUCUCCGCCAGCUUCCGCAACAUGCAGCUGAAGAAGAUCAAGCGGGCAGAGAAGAAGGGCACCGAGAGCGUCAUGGACGAGAAGUUCACCCUGUUCUUCUACACCACCACCACAGUAAACGAUUUCCAGAUCCGCGUGUGGACCCUGUCACUGCCGGUGGUGGUGAUCGUGCACGGCAACCAGGAGCCACAGUCUUGGGCCACCAUUACUUGGGACAACGCGUUCGCGGAGAUUGUGCGCGAUCCCUUCGUAAUCACCGAUCGUGUCACCUGGGCCCAGCUUUCGGUGGCGCUAAACAUUAAGUUCGGAUCUUGCACAGGGCGCUCUUUGACUAUUGAUAACCUGGACUUCCUAUACGAGAAGCUCCAGCGUGAGGAGCGGUCCGAAUACAUUACGUGGAAUCAGUUCUGCAAGGAACCCUUGCCCGAGCGGUCUUUCACCUUCUGGGAAUGGUUCUUUGCCAUCAUGAAACUCACCAAAGAUCACAUGUUGGGCAUGUGGAAGGCUGGUUGCAUCAUGGGCUUCAUUAACAAGGUCAAGGCACAGGAUGAUCUGCUGCGCUCAGUCUGUGGCAUCGGCACCUUCCUGCUUCGCUUCUCCGACAGCGAGCUAGGUGGAGUCACCAUCGCGUAUGUGAACGAAAACGGGCUGGUCACCAUGCUGGCGCCCUGGACAGCACGUGAUUUCCAGGUGCUGAGCCUGGCCGAUCGCAUCCGAGAUCUCGAUGUGCUCUGCUGGCUGCAUCCCAGCGAUCGCAAUUCGUCUCCCGUGAAAAGGGACGCCGCUUUCGGCGAGUUCUACUCGAAGCGUCAAGAACCUGAACCCGUCGUUAUAGAUCCCGUGACUGGAUAUGUGAAGAGCCAAUUGCACGUCCACGUUUGCAGCAACGGGGACAACGGAUCCACUAGUGGAACCCCGCAUCACGUGUCACAACAGGAUGCCAUGCAACUGGGAAAUUUCUCGCCUGAGAGCUUCUGCAAUUACUAUAGCCCUAGCGUAGCACGAACUGAGGAAUCAGAUUCCGAUGCUAGCGAAACGGCCGAGGCCCUAGAGAGAAUCGUAGAACGCGCUUCUCCCGACGAUCCCGUGAUAAAUGAGAUCUAUGAGGCCAUAAUGAUGAGCGGCUCUAGACAUGGUGACUUUGGAAUGGCGGACUUCGAUUCGAUGACAAACUUUGAGGUAUAUAACUAAACUAACUAUGAACCAUGUAGAAGUCUAUGUAUAAACGAAAUCAGAUAAACACCUGAACGUGUGCUGCUAUCUUGGAAGUCCGACGAUGAUGUUUACGCCACCUCAGCGAUUGCAACGAUAUGGCGCAUGAGUCAUUGUGCUAUUCGAAAGUUUUAUUUAAUGUUAUCUAGAUGUAAUUAUUAGACUUGGGAAUGCAUCGUAGUGCAAGGUUUUGUUUGCUUUUGUGAAACGCCAAACCACAAGAACAACAUCAACCACAAUAAGAUCUACAAGAGCAAUGCAUGCAAAUCGCGACACCUCAACACAAACAAACACCUUCAGCACACAAUCAGAAUAUUGUCUAUUUCGUGAUUAUGAACGUGUUUGACUUAUGCAGAACUUAGAAUUUCUGUUUUGUAAAAACCUUUGGAAUGUGUCCGCAUGUUAAUCGUUUUAUAUUUUUAUAUAUACCUUUAUAUAUAUAUAGAUACACAUAUAAUUUUAUUUUUGUACUAAGACGUGUUCGUCUGUGACAAAGCAUUAUGUUUAAAUUAUAUUGACGAGAGAAUCGGUUUAGUUAGUGAGUAACUAUUUGUUGAAUCUAAAUUUUUGAUUUUGAUUUUAAUUUUAAUCGACUAAUUUUAAAAUUUUGAAAUACGAAAUACGAAAUACUUUGCGUGCUAAGCCUAAGUUAAACGAAAGAUGAAAACAAAUCAACGAGUGGAGCAACGCAAGGAAUGUUUGCGUUAAUUUUAGUUUUAAUCUAAGUAACAUUGUGAAAUGCUUUAUGUGAACCCCUCCUCUAUUGGCUUCCAAUGCUGAAAAUGCGCAAAAAUUUAACCAACCCAUGUAUAUUUUUUUUUUAAACAUGUUUAUUUGAGUCAGGGCAAAGUUUGCAAUGCAUUUCAAAUGCGCCAAAUGCGGUUGCCUUUUUAGUCAGUUAUCAGAGACAAGAGAAGCACUCGACCUUUGUAUGAAAGAUCGUAAACAUAAUCAUUAAUGUAAACAACAAAAAUAAUAACACAACACAACACUACACUACACUUAGCUUUUUAUGUGAACCUUAAGAAUUUUAUAAGAAUUAAGUACACCCCCAAAUAAAUAAACAAUUCAAUAAACAUUUGAAAUACUUAAAUGCGAAUGGAAACGGAAUUCCUUUUGUGUACUCACAAUUUGAGAAACAAAAUUUAAUAAUGUGUACGUAAAGUUUUUAAUGGUUAAUUGUGAAAACUAGCGCACACACACAUUCCCCAAAAACUAUACACAAAUUUAAACACCCACACACACAAACUACACAUACACAGAAUCACUUGAGAAAGGCUCGCCAAAAACAAUGUUGAUAUUUGGAUAUUACUAAUGUCCUAUACUUGCUGUGUAUUUGAAAUAAUUGUGUACAUUGUGUAAAUGUUCUAAAUGUAAUUACAAACGCUAAUUGGGUGUCCUAUUUUAAAAACUACAGUGGAAAAUAACUAAAGAACUAUUCUUGUCAAAAUGGCCAAUAAAGAUUUGAUUUUAAACAUUAAA